AUGUCCAAAGGGCCUCUGAUUCUCUGGCUGGUGAUUGAGCUCCAGCGGCUUUAUCUGACUCCAGCUGCAUCAGAGAUUGUCGUGAGAGCGUUUUGGGGUCAGUCGGUGACUUUGCCCUGUACGUACUCAUCCUGGUCUCCUAACAGCAACGGCAUGUGCUGGGGCAAAGGCCAGUGUCCCAAUUCCAAAUGCAAUGACGAGCUUCUCUACACCGAUGGGACAAGGGUGGUCGUGAGGAAGUCGCCAAAAUACCAACUUCUGGGGAAUAUCCGGAGAGGGGAUGUCUCCUUGACCAUCUCCAACACCAACGAAGGUGACAGUGGUGUGUACUGCUGCCGCAUAGAGGUGCCUGGCUGGUUCAACGAUGUGAAGAUGAACAUCCGCCUGGACCUGAGGAGAGGUCCCACGACCACGCGCUCAACCACCACCCGUCGCCCAACCACCACCACUGUGACGACGACCACAGCUGUGCUUCCAACAACCACAGUCAUGCCUACACCUGACCUGCCAGCCACACCACCGCUUCAGAUGAGAACCACUGCUGCACUCACCACCAUGGCAGCCACAUGCCCUCUGACAACACAGGACUCCCUUCGUGAGGAAGACACGAUACUUCUGACCCUAGAGCCUUCCACAGAAGGGCCCACCCUCAUUGCAGAAUCAGAAACUGUCCUUCUCCCUAGGACCUCUCAGAGAAGCACUGAGGUGACUUCUGCAGACACUGCCUUGCUCACAUCCAAAGGGUCUGAAAGUUGGGUUCUCCAGUCAACAUCCCAGGCAUUGACGCAGGAAGCGAGUGACUCGGUGAUUUCUCAGCCAAGAGCAACUGAGACGCCAUUUCUUGUGCAAAAUGGAUUUGAAUCAGAACAGAUAAAAAUGACCAACAACUACAACCUGCUCAUGAUCAUUGCUCCCUCCCUGGGACUUGUGCUGUUGGCAUUGCUUCUGGCAUUUUUCCUUCGAGGGAAAGUCAUGAAAACCAAUUGUGUCCAGAAGCACACCAGGCUAGUCAGUGUUGGAGAAGGUAAAAAUGUACUCGACGAAAGAGAAGAUGAAGAUGGUCUUUUCACACUCUAG